AUGGAGACUCCAAGAACAACAUCUUCUCGUGAAACCUAUGCUCCAAUGGUUGUUGAUACUCUUCCAACUAAAAAGGAACAAGAGAUGUCCUAUCUUUUUGUCUCAUCUCUUAAGAGGAAAAGGAAGAAUCAGAAGAAACCUAGAGUGGAUCGCUCCAAUCAUAAAAGUUUUGAAAAUAUUCUUGAAGAACUUAAUAAAACCAAGAAGGAGAAUGAGAUAAAGGAUUUCAUUGUUAAUCAUUAUCAGGCCAAGUUCAAUGGUGGUGACGUUCAUAUUGAUCCAGUUUAUUUGAUAUUGAACAUGAGAGCAUUUCAGUUGCUGAGAAUGGCUUCACAGGCUCUUUCUAUAGACAGUGUUGGGACAUUAUUUGUAGAGAUCUCUUUAAUGCCAUUGCAAACUGUUGGUCUAUGCAUCAUUAUUAAGAUUAUGGCUACUAGGCUUGGUAUUGUGCUAAAUAAGUUGAUCUCUGAAGAGCAAGUGGCGUUUAUGAAGGGUAGAAACAUACAUGAGAAUAUAACUUUGGCGUCUGAAUUGAUCAAUGAGAUCAAUACGAAAAGGAAGCAUGGGAAUGUUGGCCUCAAACUGGAUAUUGCUCAAGCUUUUGAUACGGUAAGUUGGGAUUUCAUAGCUGAAGUUUUUCGUCAAUAUGGCUUUUCUGAUUCUUGGUGCAUGUGGGUUCUUAAUAUCCUUAGCUCAGCUCGGAUUUCUGUCAUGAUUAAUGGCUGCCCUGAAGGUUAUUUUGGUAUUACUAGAUUUUUGCUUCAAGGUGAUCCUCUCUCACCUUUGAUCUUUGUUCUUAUUGAAGAUGUUUUAAGUCGCAAUAUUUCCAAGUUGUUUGCAAAUCAUAGUAUGAAUGUUAUGGUUAGUAAAAAAGGUGUGGCGCCUACACAUUUUCUUUUUGCGGAUGAUAUCCUUAUAUUCUGCAGAGGUAAUCUUCAUAGUUUUCAAAAUUUGAAGAAUAUGCUUGUUUUGUAUGAACAUGCGUCUGGCCAGUGCGUAAACUAUGCAAAGAACAAGUUUUAUUUUGGAGGUGAUAAAAUUUCUCGUGCUAUUGCUAUUUCUAACUAUUUGGGUAUGGAGAGAGCUAUGUUUCCGGAUAAAUACUUAGGUAUUCAAUUGAAGCCUGGAAUUAUUCGGCAUAUUCAUGUUCGCCAAGUUGUUGAGAAGAUUAUGGACAAGCUGGAUGGCUGGAAAGGUAAACUUUUAUCAUUUCAGGCGAGGCUUGUGAUAAUUAAGUCGAUGAUUUCUAUCUAUGUUAUUCAUUCUAUGGCUGUUUACAAAUGGCCAUGCACGGUUAUUAAGCAAGUUGAAAGGGCCAUUAGAAAUUUUCUUUGGUCCGGUGAUGCUGAGAAACAUAAAUAUUUUACGGUUCUAUAUGAUGAUCUAUGUCUCUCAAAGCGUGAAGGUGGGCUUGGCAUUAAGAAGUUAAAUGAUGUUAAUAGGGCUAUGAUAAUGAAGCUUUGGAUUUCUAUUCCGAAUUCAAACAAGAUUUGGGCCAGAUUUUUGAGGGACAAAUACUUUAAGGUCAAAGGCAAUCUGAUAAAUUAUAAGUUGGGUUCUUCGGUUUUUCCUGAAAUUCGCUUAGUUUACAAUUUUGUGCAGAAGCAUACACGCUCAAUUAUAGGCCCUAAUGAUUUUAAGGAUAAAGUAAGUGAUAUCAUUUUUGAUGGUGUUUGGGUUAUUCCUGAAAAAACAAGAGAUUUGAUGAUUCGUUGUAAUAUCGAUGUUGAAAAUUUGCCUGUUAUUGCUGGUGGUGAGGAUUAUAAAAUUUGGGAUUUAGAUAGCAAAGGCGUUUUUUCAAUUAAGUCGGCUAAGGCCGCUCUUAAGACGCCGACAGAAGUUGUGCCUUGUGAAAAUCUAUUUACUAGACAGGUUGUGCACCAUACCUUGAGUGUGCAAUACUGGAAGAUUUGGGCCAAGCAAUGUUGUGCUAGUGAAGACAAUAUUAUUAAGAAGACAGGUAGAAGCAUGCCUACUAUGUGCCGCUUAUGCAUGAAAAGUUGCGAAACUCUUAGCCACAUCACUUGGCAUUGCAGAGUUGCUAGGAGGAUUUGGGCUUGGGUGGCUGGAAUUUUUAAGCUGGAACUAAGUGAAGACCUGGUGGACUCGUAUAAGGCUGCUAAGGGUCGAAGCAGAAUGAUAAAGGACCUGUGGUUAGUUGCAAAUCUUGCAAUUGUCAUGGAGUUAUGGAAGUUACGCAAUAAGUCUUAUUUUGAUACUAUGGCAGUUCAGUGGCUUGGAUUUAAAGGGAGAGUUUAUUAG